UGUAGUUCGAUCUGAACGGGGCGGCUCACGCCCUCCGGAACUACGCGUCCCGGCGUGCACCGCGGCCGGAGCGUAUAUCCGGUGGGACGGGGCGGGACGAAGCAGCGCCGCCGUGAGGGGGGGAACGGGACAGCCAUGAUCCGCUUCAUCCUGAUCCAGAACCGGGCAGGAAAGACCCGCCUGGCCAAGUGGUACAUGCAGUUCGACGACGAUGAGAAGCAGAAGCUUAUCGAGGAGGUCCACGCUGUUGUCACUGUCCGCGAUGCCAAACACACCAAUUUUGUGGAGUUCCGCAACUUCAAGAUCAUCUACCGGCGCUACGCGGGGCUUUACUUCUGCAUCUGCGUGGACGUCACCGACAACAACCUGGCUUACCUCGAAGCCAUCCACAACUUCGUGGAGGUCCUCAAUGAGUAUUUCCACAACGUCUGCGAGCUCGACUUGGUCUUCAACUUCUACAAGGUCUACACGGUGGUGGACGAGAUGUUCCUGGCCGGAGAGAUCCGGGAGACGAGCCAGACCAAGGUGCUCAAGCAGCUCCUGAUGCUGCAGUCGCUGGAGUGAGCUGGGACCAAACCCCCCCCCUGCCCCCAGCCCCUCCUCCCCAGCCUUCCUCCUCUCUCUUCUCCUCCUCGUUGGACCCCCCGGGGGGGUGACACGGGGCUCUUGGUGUCAUGUGUGUCUCCCACCUCCGUGUCCCCUGUCGUGGCGUUGUGAAUAAAUGUGGCUGUGAUGUGCCGCGGCCCCCACGCUGGUCGGGGGAGGAA